CAGGUUGGCAGUGGAAUGUGCCCCGUGGACAAAGCGCACCGAAACCAGUGCCAAGCUUGCCGCUUGAAGAAAUGUCUCCAGGCAGGAAUGAAUAAAGAUGCGGUUCAGAACGAACGCCAGCCACGCAGCACGGCUCAUGUGCACCUCGACUCCACAGACCUCCAUUCGGAACAGCAGCCAGAACAUGUGGCCGUCACUCAGGGGGUUCCAACACCACCCCACCCUUCCCUGCAGAGCCACAGGGUCCCCCCCGGCUGCUCUGUAAGUGGGGUUUUGCGGGCCCAAGCGUUAACUCCCUCCAACAGCCACCGUUUCAUGGCCAGCCUGAUGACGGCAGAGACCUGUGCCAAGCUGGAGCCAGAGGAUGCAGAGGAAAACAUCGACGUGACCAAUAAUGAGCCAGAACACGCGGGCUCAGAAGCUCCCCGGUCCCCACAUCUGGCCACCGGCCCUGAAAGCGUUUAUGAAAUCUCUGCCCGACUCCUCUUCAUGGCUGUGAAAUGGGCAAAAAACCUUCCCGUUUUCUCAAACCUACCUUUUCGUGACCAGGUGAUUUUACUGGAAGAAGCUUGGAGUGAAUUGUUCCUGCUUUGUGCUAUCCAGUGGUCUUUGCCUCUGGAAACCUGCCCCCUCCUCUCUUUGUCAGAGCUGACCUCCACCUUCCACGCCAAGGCGGCGUCUGGAGGAAGGGACAUAUGCGCGCUGCAGGAAAUAAUUGCACGCUUCAAAACUCUGGCGGUGGAUCCGACUGAAUUUGCCUGUUUGAAGGCCGUUGUUCUUUUUAAACCAGAAACAAGAGGACUGAAGGAUCCAGACCAGGUAGAAAAUUUGCAGGAUCAAUCCCAGGUGAUGCUGGGACAACACACUCAUAUACAUUAUCCUAGUCAGCCAGUCAGGUUUGGAAAAUUACUACUGCUGCUCCCUUCGCUGAAAUGUAUUACUUCGGAACGCAUCGAGGUUCUCUUUUUCCGCAGGACCAUUGGGAAUACCCCGAUGGAGAAGCUGCUGUGUGACAUGUUCAAAAAUUAACAGGCAAAAGUUUUUGGAGGAGUGGCUGAAAUUCCUAAGCUGGUUCCUUCGUUUGAAAAACCUGGAUCCGAAAUGGAAGCAGGAGGAGAGGCAGACGAGAAACCUGUCCUGAUGUUUGGGGAUCUGGGCUGGAAGCCUUAAGUGCUGCUAUUCAGAAUAGAGCUGGAAGGGACUCCUGGAGGUCUUCUAGUCCAAGUCAUUUCAAUUAUAUAAGGCAUCCCACAGCACAAAAACUGCUUCUGAUUCACUAGUGCAAGAGACAACCGUGUGGGAAUGAUACUGUUGGAACUGUAGCGUUGAACUAUUGAAUGGAAUCCAAAGCUAGUCAGUUGUUCUACGUUCAAUUAAACCAGGG